UUGGAGUGCCAGUCUUGUCAGAUUGGUGAAGGGAAAUUCCAUUGUUUGACAUGCAGUGGGGAUCAGACAUUGUGUCAUCCUUGCAUUGUUAAAACCCACCAGUGUUUGCCCUUUCACAAGGUUCAAGAGUGGACUGGAAAAUGCUUUGAAGACAAGUCGCUCGAAGAAUUGGGUAUUGUCUGGUAUAUGGGCCAUGGGGGGUAA